AUGGAGGUGCGGAAGAUGGAAGCCACAUUCUACAGGACUCCUGAACAAAGUAAAAUAAAAAAGCAAUUUUACAUGGAUUUAUCACACCAGAAUGCAAAAAAUAUUGCAACAGAAAUACAUCAACAAAACCAAACAGUAGUCAAAGAAUUUCUGCUUCUUGGAUUAGGAAACCUACACAACUUCAAGACCCUAUUUUUUAUGUUGUUUCUGCUUCUCUAUAUUGCAACAUUAUUUGGAAAUAUGCUGGUUAUUUUCCUAGUUGUGACCUGCCAGAGUCUUCACUUCCCUAUGUAUUUCUUCCUCGGCAACUUGUCUUUAUCUGAAAUUCUAUUCACCACAAAUAUUGUACCAAAUAUGCUACGUCUUGUUUUACUAGGAGGAGGCACCAUGUCUGUUACUAGUUGCCUUAUCCAAUUCUAUCUGUUAGGUGUCCCAACCGUCGCCCAGUGUUUGCUUCUGGCUGCAAUGUCAUUGGAUCGCUAUCUCGCCAUUUGCCAUCCAUUGCAUUAUAUGUCCAUCAUGACCUUCAAACUUCAGCUACAAAUUGUCACCAUUUGUUGGCUGUUGGGAUUUGUGAUGACAUUUGUCAUAUAUAUUUUCUUAACCAGGUUACAAUUCUGUAACUCCAAUGUAAUUCCCCAUUUUUAUUGUGAUAUUGCCCCACUGCUAGAGCUUUCUUGCUCAGAUACUUUCACUUUGAGUGUGAUCACAUCUGUGGGUUCUUUUACUAUAGUUGUUUCACCAUGUUUUUUUAUCAUUGUAACUUAUAUCUCCAUCUUUAUUAACAUUCUCAAGAUCCCAACUGCUAGUGGGAGACAAAAAACAUUUUCUACGUGCAGUUCUCACUUGACAAUAGUGUGCACUUAUUAUGGCACACUUACAACAAUUUAUAUAGUCCCAUCAAAUGAUCAUUCAAUAAAUGCUAACCGAGGUCUGUCCUUACUUUAUACCUCAGUAACCCCACUGGUUAACCCAAUUAUAUACAGUCUACGAAAUCAAAGUAUGAAGAGAGCAAUACACACGUGUGUCCAAGAUUUUAGAAAAUGGCUAAGAGUUUUAAGCAGAAUGGCUACGCCCCUCUUCCUGCCUACACUUGGCGUAAAAACCACUUCACCUACCCAGGAAGAUUUUAACUUUAGGGAUUCUUCUGCAUUUAAGUGUGUCUAA